AUGGCUCAUAGGUCGAUCGAAACCGUCCAGAUUAACUUGCAUCAUAGCAAAAGCGCUUCAGCUAUUCUCUGCAGGACGCUUGCUAAGAUGCAGACAGCCAUAGCUCUCAGCCAAGAACUUUGGUUAGUUGAUGGGACCAUAAGAGGCCUAGGGGGCUGUGGAAAGUUACUCUACGUGAACCCUAGGGAGAACAGGAUAAGGGCUUGUAUCCUCAUCAAAGGGAUCGACGCCACCUUCCUACCUCGACUCAGUAAAGAGAACUUGGCAGUAGCCAAAGUAAAAGCCCUGAUACGGGAAAACCGGGUCUUGGAGUUUAUGAUAGGGUCAGCCUACCUAUCCUAUGACUUCAUAGAACUCCCCCCAACGCCAGAGGUGCAGGGUCUUAUAAAUCGAGUGAGGGACGGUGGGCUGGAACUCCUGCUUGGAUGUGACGCUAACUCCCACCAUUUGGGGUGGGGAAGCUCAAACACCAAUGCGUGGGGAGAAGCUCUACACGACUUCAUGAUGGGGAACGGUCUUCUACUUCUGAACAGGGGAAAUGAACCGGCCUUUAUGGACUGCAGAAGACAGGAACUGUUGGACAUAACCAUGUGCACAACAGGCAUGGCGGACUUGGUAAGGGACUGGAGGGUCUCCAGGGAAGCCUCGGGCUCAGAUCAUAGUCAGAUACGCCUGAGUCUUACUGACAAAGUGGACCCCAUCCAAAGGAGAAAUCCAAGGAACACAAAUUGGGUGGGAUACAAAGCGGAGCUUUCACUGAGGAUCCAGGAUGUGACCUGCCGAUUUGAAAACAAGGAACGACUGGAAUACGCAGCCGAAUGUUUCGGCGAGGCGAUCAGAUGUUCCUUUGAAAACAACUAUAACAUACGCAUUCAAAAUGGAACCAAAAAGGUGAGCUGGUGGAACGACACGCUAGCACACCUGAGGGAGCGACUGAAGAAGGCAUGGAACAGGGUUAAAAACUCUCACGGAAACUCACAUAAGAGACAAGCGAUGGAAGAACGUAGGUGUCUCCAGAGGAAAUACAACAAAGGACCAGAUGGCAUCUACCCAAUGCUUUGA